AUAUAGCCCUACUCGGCGGAGUGCACGGCGCGCAGUGUGGUCUGCGGCGGGAGCGGGAGUAUGUCUGGCAGAGGCAAGGGUGGGAAGGGGCUCGGCAAGGGGGGCGCCAAGCGCCACCGCAAGGUGCUGCGCGACAACAUCCAGGGUAUCACCAAGCCGGCCAUCCGCCGCCUGGCGCGGCGCGGCGGCGUCAAGCGCAUCUCGGGGCUCAUCUACGAGGAGACGCGCGGCGUGCUCAAGGUCUUCCUGGAGAACGUCAUCCGCGACGCCGUCACCUACACCGAGCACGCCAAGAGGAAGACGGUCACGGCCAUGGACGUGGUCUACGCGCUCAAGCGCCAGGGACGCACCCUCUACGGCUUCGGUGGCUGAACUCCCGUUGCAAACCUUACGCUGUUAAACAUCAAGGCUCUUUUCAGAGCCACCCACACAUUCACAACGGGAGCUGUUUAUUACUUAAGCAUUAGUAACAUAAAAAGAUCUUGCUAGUU